AUGGCUACAGAUGAAGCUGGAGGAGGAGACAAAUUUGACAUCAAAGCUCUAUGUGAUGUAAGUUUUCAAUUAUUUUAUUAUUUUCGGUUUAGGAGGUAACAAAAAAUGCAGAUGAAGCUGUCAAAGCUGGGGCUGCGUUGCCCAAGUUAGGAACGGACUAUGAAUUGUAUAACGUGGACAACAAGUUUAUGAAAGUGAAUCAGAAUUGUCAGAAGAAGAUUUUCUCAAUGUUGUCAUGUGUAUUGAACGCUAACAACUACUUGUUGAGUGGUCAGACAAGGAUGAGUGAUAUGAGCGAACUUGUCAAUGCUAAUGACUAUUUUCUCCAAAAGGCUGUAAGUAUUUAUAACGUAUAUGCUAUUUUGACGUUGUUCUAGGUAGGUAUAGCUUUUUAGUCUUAAUUGAUGUGAAUUGUUUUAGUCUAUGGCAAUUGAACGGCACGAAAACGAGAAGAACGGUGAGAGUAAUGUGAUUAUCCGGUGUGCUGAUGGGCAGCUUAGAAAGCCAACUGAAGCGUAUGGUAAUGAUGGUGCAGGAAAGUACGCACAUUUGUCUAGCACGUUCAAAAAGGUGGAUCAGAAUAUGGUUGUGGUAAGUUUUUCCAAUUAUAAUUGCUGUAAAAUGUUAAUUUUAAAGGUCAGGGCUUUAAUUAGUUUAAUUAUAAAGGGUUUUACAUUUAUAAAACAUAAUUUCAUAUUAGUUUAACUAAUAAUCUCAUUUUAUUUUAACUAAUUAUUGUUUUUAAAGAUUUACGGUUUCAAACUUUCAGACGAAACCACAAAAGGCCUUUCAAGAUGCUAUCAACAACAGCAGCAGGCCAUUCGUGCCUAGAUUACCGGUUAAACAUAACAGUCUUGAUUUUCAUCCAGAUGUCAAAAUGGAGAUAUUGGAUUCAGAACAUCCGUACAAUCGAGAAAUUGUGGAACUACAGGUUCUACCGGACACUUUUUCGAAAUCUGUACAGGUAAACUACGAUAUUUUUAAUUAUUUUUCGUAGAUUUUUGAAAUGUAUAGCAAUUUUUGUGUAGGACUUCAUUAUACUUAUUGGGAAGCGUGUACGUUUUUGAUUCAGGAUAUGAAAGAACUGAAUCGCACCCCACUAGUUAUGGUUGAUACAGAAGAUGGCCUUAAAGAGCUGGUUUCUACCUUGAAGAAGACAAAAGAAUUUGCAGUUGACGUAGAACACAAUUCUUACCGAAGCUUCCUAGGGUUGACUUGUUUAAUCCAAAUUUCCACACGAUCUUCUGACUACAUCGUUGAUCCGUUUCCAAUUUGGAGGUCGAUGCAUCUUCUGAAUGACCCUUUUUCUGAUCCCAAGAUCCUGAAGGUGUUUCACGGUGCGGAAAAGGACAUAAUAUGGCUACAACGAGAUUUUGGAAUCUAUGUGGUGAACAUGGUGGACACAUUUGUGUUCAUGAAGGCAUUGAAGCUACCUAAGAAGAGUUAUCAGCACCUGGUGUUUUCCAGUUUCGGAAUCAUGUUGGACAAGAAGCUUCAGAAGUCUGAUUGGAGACAGCGGUAAGAGAUUGAAAAAUGUGUCAUUUUAUAAUAAUUAAAUUUUCGAUUUUUUAUAAUUACUAUGUAAUGUUUGGCUUAUAAAAAUUAAUUGCUUUGUACUAUUUUUUAAAAUCAUAGGCGAAGCCUUGGAUUUAUUACCUAAAUUUUCUAAUAAUUUAAAGACUUUUAGGCCGCUAGACAACGAGCAUCUACAAUAUGCUCGGUGUGAUACUCAUUUCCUUUUGCCAGCUUAUGACAAGUUAUGCAAGAAAUUGAGUGAAAUGGAUGAUUUCGACGACUUGAGCAACUCAAUCUUUGAGAAGAGCAAACAAGUUUGUCUAAAUGUAUGUUUUACAAGCAGACGAUAUUUAUAUUUGUACUAUCUUGUAAUGUAGUACUCUUUAAAGUAGUUCAACUCACUCUUUAUUUAAAUAUUUGGUUCUGUAAAUUCUAAGCUUUGUAUUGCAUGUUAAGAUCAUUAGAGAUGUUGAGUUUUAGGUAUUUGAACAACCAUUGUUUGAUGAAAACGGCUACAAAUCAUUGGCGGUCAAGGAGUUGAACAAUCGGCAACUCUACGUUCUAAAACAUUUGUGGGAAUGGAGGGAUUCUGUAGGCAGGGAAGAAGACGAGAGCUUAGAAUUCAUUCUUCCAAACCAUAUGUUACUACACAUCGCCGAAGUUUUACCUCGAGAAAUACAAGGUAUCUUGGCAUGUUGUGCACCAGUCCCAGUCAUGGUCAAGAGGGAUAUCUUUGUGAUUCAUCGGUAAGUCAACAGUAUUUAUAAACUUGAUGAGAGGGAGUACUAUGUUUAACAUUUCAGCUUCUUUGCAGUUAAUAUAGUAAUCUGUGAAGGGUUUUAAUAGUACUACUUUAGAGUUGAUGAAAAACUUGGUUUUUAGAUUUGUAACUGCAGCCCGAGACUUGCCACUGGAAGAGAAGGAACAAUAUGAAUCAGCCUUGUCAUUCCAAGAAACAGUCCGGAACAAAAACCUGGUUAAAAAUAGGUAUACCAAAGAGAUUGCCAGACUUGACAGUAGAUUCGACCAAAGGGAGUAUAAGGUCGAAGAUGAAAGACCCGAUCGUGCAGAACGUCUAUCAAUCAUAUUCCAUAAUCAACCGGUCGGACAUACGGAAACAUCGAAAACUCAACCUCUACUACCAUUCAAGAAGGUCGGGAUUACUGUAGCACAGAAGGUGAAGCAUAAACUAGAAGAAAUCAGACAAAAGUUCGAACAAUGGAAUUCUCCGUACAGUAAAUACUUGUUGACCCUCGAAGAGGUAAGGAUUUUGGUUUAGCCUCUCUUUGACAAUGUUUUGGUAUCAUGAUAGAAAUUAUGAUGAUAAGCGUAGCGUUUUGUGUAACUUUAUUACUAUACUUGUAUGCUAUGUUAUUACUGUUUUUAGAAACGAAAGACAAAAACUGAAGAACAAGAAGAAGCUCCGACGAAUCAGUUCAGUCAUCAUUGCCCAGCACCUCCGCGAACAUCACAAGUAACGUAAGUCUUUAUUCAUCAACUUUAGUCACUAUUUGUAAAAUACUAUAAUAAUCUACCUCCUUUUGCCUUCUCAUCCAGAUGUCUCGAGGUUGAUAUCAUUAGUUUCAACGUUAUUGAAUAACAUAUUUCAGGGAAGUAAAAUCAGAAGUCGUCGAUGUGGACCCAGUAGCUCCCACAGCUUCGUAUUACCGUAAGAAAAAGCACACGAAACCGGCUAUGGAUAAUUACCCAGCUAAGAAGCCGAAAGUGGCCUAA